UUUUUAAACUAAAUUUAUUUUUUAAAAAGAUGCUUUAGUAAAAUGUUAACUUUAUUUUAAAGUUUAUAAUAUCAAAAUGAAAUCUCUGGUCUUCGUUUUGCAGCAUUUAUUGUUUUAUAAUUUCUUUAUCGAGAUAACGCCACAAUUCGCAAUUACUAAUGUUUGGUAUUCCAGCUUUGAAACAAAUGAAAGCGAUUCAUGGAGUGUUACAAAUGAUAACAAUCCUUUUCAAAGAGUUUUAUAUUCAAGUAUAAAUGGUAUUGUAUCCAGUCAAGAUGGUAAUUGGGCAAUUUCUGCUGAAGGAAUCAACUGUGAACUAUUGUUACCACAAUUGGCAUAUUAUGGUGGAACUAUCACUGUUACAUUUUAUGCCAAUUCACCUCUACCUACUGUUUUGACUGUUCGAUUUUUAAAGAUAAAUUUAGAGCUUCUUCAAAUAUAUGAUGUAUCAAUUACUAAAAGUGGAUGGAAUAUGUAUUCUCUAAGUUUAUCUAAUGUUCAACAUCCUGCGUUUUUGGUCUCUUUCCUUUAUAGAGGUGGUUAUCAAAUGUACAUGGACUCUGUUAAUAUAGAUAUUGACGGUAAAAUUAUAUCCUGUCCAAUAUUAAAUACUGCAAGCCAUUGUGGCUUUACAACAGAAACUUUCUCAAAUUAUGGAUGGGUUUUUUCAGACACUGCUGCAGUUUGGAACACUACGCUAGGAUACUUAUAUUUGAAAACAAAUUUUAUAUACCUGGGUGGAUCAGUAACUGGUUCAAUGAACUUCAGAGCAGCAAAAAGUACUGUUAGAGCAACAAUUGAAAUUUCUGUUUAUCAAACAUCAUACUCACAGAAAAUAAGUUCUGGAUAUACUGAUUUUGACUUAACUGCUUCUACUCAGUAUACUGUUGGACAAACAUACACGCUUUUGAUAUCAUUUUUUACCACUACUAUUGCAGCACAAUUGAGUAGCAUCUCUAUGAGUGUUGCUGGCAAAUGCAAUUUGUGUCAUCCAGUUCUAACUUGUAAUAUAUUUACAAAUGGAAUUACUUGUGCUUGUAGUCCAUUUUCUUGUCUUAGUCCUAAUACCCAAUGUAUUGUAUCAACAAUCGAUCCAUCAAUCAAUCCAUGUAGUUGUCUUCCUGGGUACAAUACAGAUUCUUCAGGAAACUGUAUUGAUAUUAACGAGUGUCAAAGCUCUUCACCACCAUGUUCAUGGAGUAAUGGAGUAUGUACAAAUACAGAUGGAAGUUUUAUCUGCUCCUGUAAAAGCGGGUGGAAGAUGGGUCAAAAUAAUUCUAGCUGUGUUGAUAUUAACGAGUGUGAUAGUUCUUCACCACCAUGUUCAUGGAGUAAUGGAGUAUGUUUAAAUACAAACGGAAGUUUUAUCUGCUCCUGUAAAAAUGGAUGGAUGAUGGGUCAAGAUAAUGUUAGCUGUGUUGAUAUUAACGAGUGUAAAAGCUCUUCACCACCAUGUUCAUGGAGUAAUGGAGUAUGUACAAAUACAGAUGGAAGUUUUAUCUGCUCCUGUAAAAGCGGGUGGAAGAUGGAUCAAAAUAAUUCUAGCUGUGCUGAUAUUAAUGAGUGUGAUAGUUCUUCACCACCAUGUUCAUGGAGUAAUGGAGUAUGUUUAAAUACAAACGGAAGUUAUAUCUGCUCCUGUAAAAAUGGAUGGAUGAUGGGUCAAGAUAAUGUUAGCUGUGUUGAUAUUAACGAGUGUGAUGGCUCUUCACCACAAUGUUCAUGGAGUAAUGGAGUAUGUACAAAUACAGGUGGAAGUUUUAUCUGCUCCUGUAAAAGCGGGUGGAAGAUGGGUCAAAAUAAUUCUAGCUGUGUUGAUAUUAACGAGUGUGAAAGCUCUUCACCACCAUGUUCAUGGAGUAAUGGAGUAUGUUUAAAUACAAAUGGUAGUUUUAUCUGCUCAUGUAAAAAUGGAUGGAAGAUGGGUCAAGAUAAUGCAAGCUGUUGGGAUAUUAAUGAGUGUGAUAGUUCCUCACCACCAUGUUCAUGGAGUAAUGGAGUAUGUACAAAUACAAAUGGAAGUUUUAUCUGCUCCUGUAAAAGUGGAUGGAAGAUGGGUCAAGAUAAUACUAGUUGUGUUGAUAUUAACGAGUGUCAAAGUUCUUCACCACCAUGUUCAUGGAGUAAUGGAGUAUGUUCAAAUACAAAUGGAAGUUUUAUCUGCUCCUGUAAAAAUGGAUGGAAGAUGGGUCAAGAUAAUGCUAGCUGUUGGGAUAUUAAUGAGUGUGAGAGCUUUGCACCACCAUGUUCGUGGAGUAAUGGAGUAUGUACAAAUACAAAUGGUAGUUAUAUCUGUUCCUGUAAAAGCGGAUGGAAGAUAGGUCAAGAUAAUGCUAGCUGUGUUGACAUCAAUGAGUGCAUCAGUAUGCCACUGCCAUGUUCUUGGAGCAAUGGAGUCUGCAUAAACACAAAUGGCAGUUAUUUUUGUUCGUGUAAAAAUGAAUGGAGGCUGGGUCAGGAUAAUGCCAGCUGUGUUGAUAAAUGCAACAACACCUGUGUCUACACAUAUUCAAAUGGGGUUUAUACAAAUCUGUGUAAUGGUAUAAGUAGUUCUUUGAUAAACACAACUCUUUUGAAUUGUUUUGAUGUUAGUGAAUGCAUUAAAGAAAAUAAUUGUAGCUGGAAUGAAGGGGUUUGCACUAAUUCUCUGGGAAGCUUUAAAUGUUUAUGUAAGAAUGAGUGGGUAUUAAAAAAAACAAGUUGUACAGCUCCUUCUACUAUUUUUUCAAGUGUAUUUAAAAGUUCCGUUAAAGUUAAAUAUAUACCUUUUAAAGACACUGUGGUAUUUAAGUUUGUGGAAGUUUUUAUCUGUCGUUUGAAAAACCUUUUUGAUGUUAUAAAUUUAAGUAAAUGUUAUGCUGCUUUACAAUUUAACCCAAGUAUUACAAACAUAGUUAGUCUUGGAACUGGAAAUCCAAAAACAAGUCGUAAAAGACGAGAUGUUGCUUAUGAUAAUUCACCACUUAAUGAUGGAGAAAUUUAUGCCAUAUUUUUCCGUGGUUACACAUCUGAUGGCCAAAAUUUUACCUCACCCUACUCUCAACCUUUGUUAGUGGUUGAUCCAAGUUCUCCAUGUGGUCCUAUUGAUUGUUUUUCGUAUAAAAAUCAAACAUGCAGUGAGGUCAACUCUACUUAUGCAAAGUGCUAUUGCAAGAAUGGUUUUAUUUCUUUUGAUAACCUUGUAACAUGUGAAGAUAUUAAUGAGUGUUUAUCUGUACCAAAUGUCUGUUACAAGAAUAGUCAAUGCACAAAUUUGAUUGGUAGUUUUAUCUGCUCAUGUAUAGAUGGAUAUAAAUUUAAAGAUUACUCGAGCGGUUGUGUUGACAUAAAUGAAUGUGAAACAUCAUGUAAUACUCCUAACACAACUUGCAUUAAUACAAUAGGAUCGUACGAGUGUCACUGCAAUAUUACAGGUUCCUUUUAUAACACAACAUCAGGUUUAUGUCAAGAUUUAAAUGAAUGCAGUUCAACUAAACCAUGUGAUUCAGUUCGUGGGAUAUGUUAUAAUCAAGACAUAUUUGAGACUGGUAAACCUUAUAGUUGCUCUUGUCCAAGUGGUUGGGAGUUAGCAAAAGAUGGAAGCAACAGUUGUGUUGAUAUUAAUGAGUGUUCAACAUUGUGUAAUGGAGUAAAUGCUUUUUGCAUCAACACAGUUGGUUCUUAUAAAUGUUCUUGUGCUUUUGGUUUUUCAUUAAAUACUUCUUCACAGUGUCAAUUAAACAACUGUAGCUGUCCAUUAAAUUCCAAAUGCACUAUGAAUGGUAAUUCUGGUUGUACAUGUAAUUUUGGUUAUUUCCCUAACUAUAUGUCUAACUGUGAAGUAAUUGAUCAAUGUCAAGGUACAAAAAAUUGCAUAAAACCUCAUCAGUUCUGCCAAAAUGUUUAUGCGAAUCUGAGUUUUACAUGUUUGUGUCGUGAUGGUUACCAAAAAGUAGGAGAUGAGUGUAUAGCAAUUAAUGUAAGUGUGUGCAAUCAGUCUUUGAUGAAUAAUAUAUCUUUAUGCCCUUAUAAUCAACAAUGUUUUGAUUCAAACUCAAGUUUUGAAUGUAGAUGUCUGACUGGUUAUGAAAAAAAUGAAUUUGGACAAUGUCAAGAUAUAAAUGAGUGCAAAAGAAAUAUUUCAGUUUGUCAACCUAAUGCUGAUUGUAUAAACACUAAUGGGAGUUAUUUCUGUAAAUGUAAAGAUGGUUUUGUUGGGAAAAAUGUCACUAAUCCAUCCACGAUGCUCUGCUACACAACCAAUGUUUGGAGCUCCUGGGAACAAAUUGGUACUUGCAGUGAGUUGUGUGUAAAAAAUGAAAAGCAAGGAAAAUUGAAAUUUCAAAGAUUUUGUGAAGCAAUUGAUUUCAGCAGUUGUAAUGGAGAUUUUUUUAAGGAAGAGAUGUGCAACUCUGAGUUAUGUGACAACAAAAUAGCGAUACUGAAAUCUGUGGAUUGCCAGAAAUGGCCAUACAUGCAAGCUAAUCUUAUUAGUCAAUCUGUUUUAAAUAACGAAACUUGGUUAAAAAUACUCAGAACUUGGGGAGGUUGGAAAGCAAAAGCCUGUGGUCAACUUUUAACUGAUGCCAGCAGCUUAGUUAAUCAAGAUAUAGAGAAUAUAGUUAAAGAAAUUAAACUUUUGCUUGAUGAUAGAAAUACUUUACGAAAAGUUAUUGAUUGUAACGUUUACAAUGAGCAGAAAAAUAGUCUUCAAAGACAAUAUAUUGCUAUGUACUCGCGUCUCACAAUGUACAGUGCUAUCAAAGCUACUUUAAGCAAGUUGAAAUCUAGAAUUGAUGUGAAACUUAACGAAUGCUCUCGUCAAUUAACUAUGUUUGGUUCUUAUGCAACCUUGUAAAGAACGUGAUCAACUUUGUGACAUCUGCAAUUUUUUUUUUUUAUUUUUCUUACUUUUGUACUGAUUUCAAUAAAUCCUUGUAUUAUAGGCGAUA